AUGACGUCCCCACGAGCAGAAGAGAUCAAUAAAAAUUUGAUUCGAGAGGAGCAACAAAAAGAAAGAAAUUUGAGCCAGAUAUGGCGCAAGGGAUUGGCUGGAGGGUCGGCAGGAUGUGCUGCUAAAACAGUUGUCGCACCUCUAGAGCGGGUAAAAAUUCUGUUUCAGACGGCGCAUUUCGGGUACGUGCGGCAUACAACGCACUGGCUCGGCUUUGUUCAUGCCAUUCAAGCAAUCAGGCAGAAUCAUGGGAACCAAGCACUAUUCCAAGGCCACUCGGUCACAUUGCUACGGAUCUUCCCGUACGCUGCCAUAAAUUUCCUCGCCUAUGACCAGAUUCGAGCCACUCUAAUCACAUCUCCUAAUCAUGAGACUCCCUUUCGUCGCUUGAUCUCUGGCAGUCUAGCCGGUGCUAUAUCGACAUCAUGCACAUAUCCUUUUGAACUUAUCCGAGUGCAUUUGGCCGUCCAGACAAAAGACAUAUCGCUGAUUGCAACCUGCCGAGAAAUCUACCAUGAUGGUGGAUUUGCCAGCUUUUACCGGGGGUAUGCUCCCACAUUGUUAGGGAUCUUGCCUUACGCUGGCACUUCCUUUUUCACCCACGAUGUCAUUGGCGACUGGCUCCGUUCCCCAAAGCUGGCCCCAUAUACGGCCCUUGACCCAUCCAAACAGACACAGAGCGGGAAGAAGCGUCUUCAGUUGACUGCAGUUGCAGAGCUGACUUCUGGAGCUCUGGCUGGCUUGGUGGCGCAGACAGUCUCUUAUCCUUUGGAGAUCAUACGUCGACGCAUGCAGGUAAACAGGAGGGACAUGCAAAGCGGUCGUCGAGCAAGCAUUUUUCAGACAGCUCGGACUAUAUACUUGGAAAGAGGCAUGCGAGGCUUCUACCUGGGCCUGACGAUUGGCUAUAUCAAGAUUAUGCCUAUGGUAGCGACAAGCUUUUUUGUUUACGACCGCAUGAAAGCAUACCUGGGCGUGUACUAG